AUAAAAACAGUAACUGUGAAAUAAACACCACAACAAUGUGAACGAAGCUCUGACAGUCCGCAGGAACACACGCCGGGUUUAACCGGAGCCGUCAGUUAGCCUGCCGUGCUAACGUUAGCACUUCCUGUAGUUUUGUAACGAUGUCGUAACAGCAGUGACGUAACUGAAGCAGAACGAGCAGAGAGCAGACAGGUAGAUCCAGGUGAGUCCAGAUGCGGCGCUCGGUGUCCGAGGCCUUGUGGGCCGUGUGUGCAGCCGACUCCAUGUCCAUGCCGGUCCACUGGUACUACAACGUCCAGGACAUCUGCAGGGACUUUGGAGGCUGGAUCUCAGGCUUCAGUUCCCCCCGAGACAGACACCCGUCCAGCAUCCUCAGCAUGUCCAACACCGCUGGCAGCGGUCGCUCUGCCUGGUCUUCCGGCUCCAAACGUCCUGAUGUGGUCGGAAACAUCAUCCUCCACGACAAACUGGACUUAUGGAAGUCCUCCAGAGGCUCCGUACACUACCACCAGGGUCUCCAGGCUGGAGAGAACACACUGAACGUUCUGUGUUCUCUGAGAGCUGCUCGGACUCUGGUUUCUGGAAGGUUCUCCGAUGUUUCCCGUCCGGAGCCUCGAGGCGCAGUGUUGGCCGACUACGUCCAAUUCCUGACCACGCCCGGAUCGCACAACGACUCGUACGCCGAGUCCUUCCACCGGGCGUUCUUCUCCGACUGGCAGGAGGACCGGCUGAUGGCACCAAGCGACAUCCUGGUGUUUGCUGAGGAACGUUCUCGGUUGAAGCUUAGCUCUUCAUUCCCUGACAGUCAGCUGGACGCCAUCGGCUGCCUUCCCAUGAUCCUCCCCUUCGUCCUGCUGUCGGCUUCAGCCAAUGAGGAGCGAGCUGUGUCGGCGGCGGUGGACUUCGUGAAGCUCACCCAUCCUCACCCCAGAGUUCCUGAGUAUGUGUCGAUCUACAGCCGGGCACUGCACGCUGUGGUGGGCGGAGCCAGCGUCCGCCAGCAGGCCGAGCGUGCUCUGAAGGCGCUGGACACCUGGGACACCUGCCAGAGCUUCAUGCAGAAGGCGGCCAGGUUCCCUGAUUCCUCUGAGGACAGACUGAAGGUCCAUCAGAAUGCUGUGAACCACCUCGGCCUUGCCUGCUACACUAAAGGAGCUCUGUCCAGUUUGUUCUAUUUGGCCCAUGAGUUCCACGAUGACCUCAGAGGAGGGAUCCUGACAAACACCAACUGUGGAGGUGAGAACUGUAACCGCGGGGCGGCCCUUGGAGCUCUACUCGGAGCUUCCGGGCCUCAAAGUGGCGGCGUUCCUCAGCAGUGGAAGGAUGAGCUGAGAGACGGACAGGAGUUCAUCCCUGACAUCCUGAAGGAGCUGCAAUAAGGCAGCAUCGCCCCCCAGAGGACUGGAGGAGAACUACAGUGAGGCAGCGUCGCCCCCUGGAGGACUGGAGGGGAACUACAGUGAGGCAGCGUCGCCCCCUGGAGGACUGGAGGGGAACUACAACGGUUUACAAUCACUCAGCUUUGAUUCCACAUCUCUGUAUGAUGAUUACUGAUUACUUUGGUUUUUGUACAAUGACAUCAUAUGAACUAUUAAACAUUAUUAAAUUAUACAUAUUUAUUAUUUGUGCCUUGAUUUGACCUGUUUGAAGCACCAGCAGCCUUUAAAGAACAAUAAAAACCUAAAGUGGA